AACUCAAAUCAAUGCCUUUGGGGCCAAUUAUAAGCCCAUAAUAUAUAUAUAUAUACAUGAGACUCUAUAAGCUCAAAACUUUAAUACGCUGCUAAACUAAGAAGGAGACAUGCGGCUGUAAAAAAAAAAUCAAGAGCAGAGCAGCAUCAACGAUGGAUAUGAUCAGCAGUUUACCGGAUGCAAUUCUGUGCCGGAUUCUCUGUUUUGUCUCCACCAAAGAAGCAGUUACAACAAGCAUUUUGUCGAAGAGAUGGGUUAAUCUGUGGCACCAUGUUCCCAAUCUCAACUUCCCAGACACUAUUGUUGAUACCAUUGAAUCCAGUCGCCUUUUUAACAAUUUUGUAUACUCUGUUUUAGUCUCUCGAGAAGCUGCAGGUUCCAAUGUCAUCGACGGUUUCAGCCUCGAUAUUCAAUAUGAUGACCCUUAUUAUGCCUUUAAAUUAGGGUUUCCCAAUAUCAUCAAAUGGAUCAACCUUGUUGUUCAACGCAAACUCAAGUAUCUUCAUCUCCAUAUAGGUUUGUGGGAUAUUAAUUGGCCCAAAUUGCCUGUUAGCAUCUUCACAUGUAGAACACUUGUAAGUCUCAACCUUCAUGGGUUUCGUGUCGAGGGUUUUUCUUUUUCUUCGAAUGGAUUUCAAUUUCCCUCACUCAAAACUCUUCAUUUGAGAUUCGUUAAGUUUUCAGAAGUUCGAGAUUUUAUGUUGCUUUUAACUGGAUGUCCAAUUCUUGAGGAUUUGAAAGCUUCUCAUAUAUACUUCUUUUGUGCGGAAGAUUCUGUUACUGUUCAAGAGUUUAAGAGAUUAACCUUACCUAAAUUGAUUAGAGCUGAUGUGAGUCAAUGUUGGUGUUCGUGUUAUAUGGCGAAAGCACUUUCUACUUCGGUGUCUCUCUGCAUAGAAACAUCCUGGUUGUUGUGCACAAAAGACUACAGAGUUUACAAGGUUAAUCAGCUGCAGCGCCCUUAUGAUGUGGUUCCUAUCUUUCAUAAUUUGACUCACUUGGAACUCCACAAUAGAUGGGAUUUGGUAGUACAAGUGCUCCACCAAUGUCCUAAGCUUCAAAAUCUCACACUUUAUGAGGGGGUAUCCGACUACUCAAUGCGCUAUGAAGAAGGUCAUCAAGAAAAUUGGGUGGAACCAGAGUUUGUUCUGCAGUGCCUUUUAUCAUCCCUUAGAACUUUUACUAUUCGGGACUUUUCAGACCUACAAAGUGAUCUUUUGUUGGAGCAAUAUAUUUUGAAGAAUGCAAGAAUUUUACAAACCAUGACAAUCCGGUGCAAGACUAAGCAGCCUGAAAUGAUGAGAACGCUAUCCAUGUGCCCGAUGGCCUCCGCAAAUGUCUUGAUGAUACACGACACUGAAUGACCUACAACAUCAUGCUUCAUAAAAUCUUCCCCAGGCUGCCGAAUGACCUACAAACGGUUGUCACUGAGUUCUGAUUGAAGAAAGAAUUAUAAAAUGUGACAUAUGAGGCAAUGCUUACUUACACGUCCCUAGUUGGCAACGGGUAAUAGGACUUGGGAAAUGCAUGCUAUCAUUUAUGUGCUGUAAUGUUUAGUUUCUUUAGAUUUUUCUAGUUUACAAUAUCCACCUUGAUUUAUCUUUCUAGUAAUAAAGACUUUAUAGUUUAUGGUAUUACCUAAUGCUAAUAUAUACGUUGUUCUCACUCAAUGAUUAAUGCCCCCCCCGUACACUGUUAAAUGAUGGAGAGUAGAGAGUAGUGCUGAAAAAUAUGUAAUAUUUUUUAAUUUUGCAUGCAGAUUUGGGCCUCUGAAAAGAGUUGAGUUGGUCUUGGUAGUUACUUGAAAGGUGAAAGACAGGUUGUUGAGGAUUUGACAUUGAAGCAUAAUUAAGAACUAUUUUAGAUAUUUUUGUCAAAAUCUUAAGGCAAUAUACUACAUAUUUUAUAUGAGCUCAACUGCAGCACUGAUCAGAAUGCCUAAUUUC